GUCUCUUUGGUCAGUUGAUGACGUCCUUCACUAGAAAUGUAGCCAACGCCCAGUAUUAUGCAAUAUACAGUGAUAUAACAUUACAAAGCGCAUUCCCCUUUCGUGUCUCGGCUUGGCGUACCUUCACAUAAGCACGUUUAACCAGCAGGACUACUUCCAAUGUGCAAUUGAUCGGCCAGUGCCGCGUAUUAAUGCAUUAAGCAUACAAACAGUGAUCUAAUGAGCCUGUGUUAAGAAUGCUAAAAGGAACACAAAUUCAACCACAAACACCGCACGCGUUUUAUUGCAAUUCAUUAACAUCGUGCAUUUAUGCAAAGUUGUGAGUUGAAAAAUAAAGCGUGUGUAAGCAGUGUCGUGUCAUUUGGUUGCAUUUUGGAGAAAGCGGCUUGAUUAUGGCAAAACCUUUGUACUUUACUUUCCUAGUAUCUUUAUCAAUGAUUAUUGUGACUUCCCCGCACAGAUGGACCGGGCAAGGGGGGGGGGGGUUGGCCCAGGACUGGGCGUGUAGCUCCGGGCUUCAAUCCAACCCCUGCAGCGCUGGCAAGACGAUAUGAGACAGAGAGAAAAAAAAAAAACAGGGUUUUGUGCAAGUCUGGUAAGAGCAACCACUUUUGCCUUGAAGUUUCAGUUCCUGUGUGUGCUCAGAAACACACACACCGCCGAGUAUUAACACUGAGCAACAACUCGGGGACACGGCGAGGCGGCUUUAUCAGAACAUCUCAAGUGCCCAGCGACUGUGUCGUCUCUGUUCUCAGUUUCCAGUCCUAGCAGAGUCCGGAGGGAGAGCUCGUUUGGUUUGGGGUGGCAGACCGAAAUAAAAAAAAAAAAAUGUCUUUGGAAGAAUCCGAGAGCAAGGAGUGGGCGAUCCUGAGUCCUGUGGAUUUCAUCCAGCUGCAGCAGUACAUCGACUACUCGAACCUCAAGAUGAAGGACGCCUUGAAGGAGUUCUACAGAGAUGGAGUUUUGUCAAAGUAUCGUCAUGGCGAGUGUAUAGAGGAGGAAGGCUUCAAGCUCUUCAUGAAGACCUAUCUGGAUGUUAAAGAGGUCCCAGAGGACCUGUGCCACAGAUUAUUCAUGUACUUCCAGAAGACAUCCGAGCCAGACAGUGCGAACCAAUUGCAGAGCACCCCGGCUGGUCCAGGCAGUGCGAACCAAUCGCAGAGCACCCCGGCUGCCCCUGGGCAGGUCUGCAUGAAGGACGUUUCCUGUUACCUGUCUCUGCUGGAGGGGGGCUGUCCCGAGGACAAGCUGGAGUUUACCUUCAAGCUGUAUGACAAGGAUGGGAACGGUCUGCUGGACAGUUCGGAGGUGGAUCGAAUCAUCGCUCAGAUGAUGCAUGUGGCUGACUAUCUGGAAUGGGACGUGUCGGAGCUGAAACCGAUCCUGAAGGAGAUGAUGAAAGCGAUCGACUACGACGGCAAUGGGACGGUGUCCCUGGAGGAGUGGAUCAGAGGGGGGAUGGCGAACGUCCCCAUGCUGGUCCUGCUGGGGCUUGAAGCGACCAUCAAGGACGACGGGCAGCACCUGUGGCAGCUGAAGCAUUUCAAAAGGCCUGUGUACUGCAAUGUGUGCCACAGCCUGCUGGUGGGGCUGAGGAAGCAAGGGCUCUGCUGCACCUGCUGUAAAUACACAGUCCAUGAACGCUGCACCACCAGAGCACUGCUCCCCUGCAUCAGCACCUUCGCCAAGUCGAAGAAGGACGCCGGUGUGCAGCCCCAUGUGUGGGUGGAAGGGAACUGCGAAGCCAGUAAGUGUGAUCGCUGCCAGAAGAAGAUCAAGAGCUACCAGGGUCUGACAGGGAUGCGCUGCGUGUGGUGCCACAUGAAGAUCCACAAUGACUGUGUGUCCCAGGUUCCCUCGGAGUGUGACUGCGGUGCUCUCAAAGAUCACAUCCUCCCUCCCUGUGCAAUCUACCCGGUCAUCCUGGAGAGGCAGAACUGUCCCAAGAACGGAUCUCCGAGUCCCACGCUGUCCGAGGAGACGGAGCAGUCCUUCACAACCCCCGACGGGCAGAUCCUGCGGAUCACCCCAGUCCCGGAGACGCACCCCCUGCUGGUUUUCGUGAACCUCAAAAGUGGAGGCAAACAGGGCAAGAGGGUGCUGAGGAAGUUCAGGUAUCUGCUGAACCCCAGACAGGUGUACGACCUUUCCAAUGGGGGGCCUGCUCCAGGGUUGAAUUUCUUUCGGGAUCUCCUGGAUUACCGGAUUCUGGUCUGUGGCGGGGAUGGCACAGUCGGCUGGAUUCUGGAUGCCAUAGAUAAAGCCAACCUGUUGGUACGCCCCCCCGUCGCUGUGCUGCCCUUGGGCACUGGCAAUGACCUGGCGAGAUGCCUGCGCUGGGGAGGAGAGUGCAGUAAAACAAAACACCAAUGAAAGUGCAGACUGCGCUGAAAGCAUCGGGGUCAGCGACUGACCAUCCCUUUACAAGUGAGAAGGCAGAAUAUAUCGUGAAGACUGUUGAGUGGAGAACAGCUCCUGGGAACGGCAUGUAAGGUGGGAAAGCGGAAGGAUCUGCUGAACCCAUCCUUCUGCAUCGAAGAUUCAAUUUACCUGCAGUUACAAGCAAUAGGGUCCCGAGCAUGUGAAUGGAGAUCAGCUGGGAUGCAUGGCAGUUUAACUGCAGUCUGCCUGCGCUCUGCAUUGUAUUCGUUUUAACGUGGAGAGAUACUGAACCCAAUCCCACCCUAUGAUAAAACUGCUAGAACCUUUUUUUUGUAUAUAUUAGGAUUUUAAUUCUUUUUUUUUUCUUAUUUUGACGAAAGCCAGUCCCUCUGUUUUAUUUAUUUUCUUCGCUUGCAUGUACAUUUUUUUUAACAGCUAAAUCAUAUUCUGCAAAGUGUCUGGUUUGUAUGUACUCUAGAUAGAUCCUUUUUAAAAUGCUCAAUAAAUAAUAAUAAUAAUAAUAAUAAUAAUAAUAAUAAUAAUAAUAAUAAAAGGAGGUUUUAAGUUUUGCA